AUGUUGUUACUUUCGGAAUACACCAUUACCUAUGAGCCGGCAAAAGCAGUAAAAGAACAAGCAGUGGCAGAUUUCUUGGCAGGGCAUCCCAUAACAGGAAGUGAGACAAUUUGCAAUGAUUUUCCCAAUGAACAGGUAAUGAUGAUUGAAUCACAAGACCAAUGGCAGAUGUAUUUCGAUGGUGCUUCUCGAGCGUCAGGAGCCGGGGCAGGAGUCAUUUUCAUCACACCUCAGGGUGAUUUAUUAGCAUAUUCUUUCACAUUGGGCACCGGUUGUAUGAACAAUGAAGCCGAAUAUCAAGCUCACAUCAUUGGAAUGGAAAUCGCCCAUGAGAAUAAAAUAAAGACAUUACAUAUUUUUGGGGAUUACAAGCUAAUUAUAAAUCAGCUAACGACUGAGUUUGAAAUAAGAAAGCAAGAACUCUUGCCGUACUGUCGAAAAGCCCAGCAGUUACUAGAGCAAUUUUACCAUGUUAAAAUUAAGCACGUACCUCAAUCUAAAAAUGCAAGGGCAGACGCUCUAGCUAGCAUGGCGGCAGCCUUGUCCUAUUCAAACUGA